AUUGAUUCAAACAAUCGCUUCAUUUGAUCCCAAAAAUGCCUAAAAAGAGGAAACACUUGAAGACAUUACUCGAGACCACAGAUGACAGCAAUGAAGACAACAGACAACACCCAAAGAUUUACGCGAAGAACUCAAUGGACAGAUUCGGCGAUGAUUUGUGUCAACUAUUAUUAUCUCAUCUCUCACUCGAAGACUGUUUUGAAUACGAAUGUGUGUCCAAACAGUUCCAGAGGACAGUCUUCGAGAGCGUUGAUUACAUUCACAUUUAUACCGAUUUAGUUCACAAAAUGAUAAAAGGAAAGACAAUUGACACCAAAAAGUUGGUCACAAUCGCCAAAAAGUGUCCACACAUUCGGACCAUUGACUGUCGAGGAAUAGCCGUCAGAUAUGAAGAACAUAUUGCGAAAGUGUUGACCACAUUUCGAGGCAAUUGUCGGCGUUUAAGAGACAUUUGCGUCAAUAUAACGAGGAAUAACGAGAUUUGGCCGACGAUGGCAUCAUUGGUGACACGAAUCGACGAUUUUGAUUGGCUUCAGAAACAAAUACUCAUUCAUUGCCACCGAUUGUCACAUUUCUGUAUCUACUCGUUGUCCGAAGUUUUCGACGACACUUUCGGACGACUAAUGAUCAAGAAUUUAGACACAAUUGAGUUUCAAUAUCCGGGUUUCAGCUGGAGAUCUGACAGUAAGCAUGUGUUGUCUCAAUUCGUGGCACACAAUCAGUCCCUCACGAGUGUUGUCGUCGGUGUCGGAAGUAGAUAUGACAUCCUUAAUGAACACCACAUUCCUCCCGAACUGUGCCAACAAUUGUCACGAUUAACACAAUUACGGCGAUUGACGCUUAAAUUGGAGUCAAUUAAUGACAAUAACUCGUUGUCUGAGUUUUUGCGUACAAUUGGCUUAAACUGCAAACAAUUGAAGCGAUUGUCACUUCUAUUGGAUUCACCGAAAUACCGAUUGACAGCAAAAACAAUGAAUGGUUUACAAUAUUAUCGUCGCUUAAAUCGUUUGAAUUUAACACUCGUUGCGGACAUCGAUAAUGAUUUGUUGGAACCGUUGAGAGACUGCCACCGAUUAACACAUCUAUCGUUGGAUAUGAAGCAAAUGAGUGGCCAAACAACAACUAACACAUCGACGCCGACACCGAGCGGUCCCAUCAUAAAAGUGGUCAACAAUGAAAACACAUCAAACGUGACCAAAAUGAUUGUCAUGGAGUUUGUCAGCGGUAUGGGAAAGGCUCUCCAACAGCUCCUCACCUCCAACUCAAACAUCAAUAGACAGUCGGUGGACUUCAAUUCAACGGCCAGACAGGGGAACAGUAGUCGCGUUGAGGGCGAAAAGUUGCGCGAAGAGAUCAACAAACGCGUGAACCAAUUGCAGACAUUGAUUUCGACGGCCAUAACGGUGUCCAAAGACCGCCGGGAUUUGGUCACCAAACGAGUUCUCGAGCAAAUCAAUCAGCGAUUGGAGGGCGCGAAGGACAGGGCGGACAAGAUAUUGAGAGAA